AUGUAUCUCGUUAUCAUCCUAUCCUUAUUUUGCUAUUGUCAAUCAACUAAAUUACCAAAUCUUGUUGGUAAUAUUCUUUUAACUCGUCUUGAAAGUCCAUAUGAUGCAUCUGGAGAUACUAUUAUUCCUUAUGAUUCAACAGUUACAAUUGAAAGUGGAACAAUAUUAAGAUUUCCACGUGGUGCACAACUUAUUGUUCGUGGUAGAUUUUUAGCUAAAGGUACACCUGAUCGAAGAAUUGUUUUUACAAGUUCAACAAGUGCACUCUAUCGUGAUCAACAACAAAAUCAUCGAAUAUCAGGUACGAAUAUUCGAUUUCGUCUUGUUGAUGGUACAAAUAUUCAAAAUGGUCUUUUACAAAUGUAUUUUAAAAAUCGAUGGCGUUAUGUUUGUACAGAAUUUUAUCGAUGGUUUGAUUAUGAUGCAACAUUAACAUGUCGUAUGAUGGGUUUUCGAAAUGGAAGUGUUAUACCAUAUCGUAUAAAUGGUAGUGAAUCACCAUGGUAUGGUUUACAAAUCGAUCAUCCAGCAUGUCGAUGGAAUAAAGAUGAACAUUUACUUGAUUGUCCUGGUGUACGUGUACCACCACAACUUGGAAUAAAUAUAUGUGAUAAUAAACAAUAUAUUCGUCUUCAAUGUGAUGGAUUUUUUGAUCCAUUUGUUGUUCUUAAUUGGGGUGGAAUUGUUUUUGAAAGAAAUUUUCAAUCAAAAGAAUUAUCCGAUAUUCCACAUAUAUCAGAUUCAGCAUCACCAUUAUUCAAUGAUCUUAAACAACAACCAUCUAUACUUAAUUAUGUUGAUAUUUUACAUGCUGGUUUAAGACCAGAAUUAACUAUACGAUCAUAUGCUGAACGUUAUGCAGCUGUAACUGUAUUUGAUAAUUUAAUUAAUCCAAUAUUUGAUAAUAUUACAAUACUUUAUUCUGCAUCGGAUGGAAUGAAUUUUUCUAAUGUUGGAAGUUCUGUUCGAUUAAGAAAUUCUGUAUUAGCUUAUAAUCGAGGACAUGGAAUUGUUGUAACAAGCCGAUAUGGAAAUGUAACAUUAGAUAAUGUUCAUAUACAUGAUAAUGGUGGUGAUGGUGUACAUUACACAUUAAAUAAUACAGAAUGGUCAGUUCGAGAACAAGAAGAAAGUCCACAACGACUAUAUAAAUCAUUUUGUGAAACAGCAAAUACAGUAGAAUUUCCAAAUUAUUUUACUUAUCGACCAUCGGCAGCUGGAACUUGUUGUACACAAGCUUUUUCAUCAUUGUAUAAUACACGAUUAACGGUUCAUUUUCAAUCAGUAUUUGUUGGUGAUUAUCGUACACGUUUUCGUGUUGAAAUUUAUGAUGGAAAAUUUGAUAUUAUGCCAUUAUUAGCAAAUAUAACAUUUAAUCGAACAUUAGAAAGUUUAUCAUCAUAUUCAAAUGAAUUACUUGUUCGUUUGUGUCAUUCAUGUGAUAAUGUUCGAAGUCGUGCAUGUUGGAAUCAAUCUGAUCGUAUACAACUUUAUGUUGUUAAUGAUAUUGGUCGUGAUGCUGAUGUACAUAUAUGGAAUAGUCGUAUUGUAAAUAAUUCAUUAAAUGGAGUUCGUAUUGUAAAUUUACGUAGUCUUAUUGAAAUCAAUGAAACAUUAAUUAAACAUAAUAAUCGUCAUGGUCUUGAUAUUGAUUCUGGUGCAGGUGCUCUAUGGACAUAUCAUUCAAAUUUUAAUUCCAAUAAUGAAGAUGGUAUUCAUAUAAUUUAUGAUGGUGGUGAACGUCGUCUAUUUUAUUCUGAUAUAUCAUUUAAUACUCAACAUGGUUUAUCUGUACGUCUUGAUUCUGCACCAAUUGGUUUUUUAUUAUCAAAUAUUGAUUUUCCAACAUUUGCAUAUCGUCAAAUAACUUUUAUAAAUGGUUCUUCAAUACGAUCAAAUGGUUUUUAUGGUUUAUGGCAACAUUCAACAUGUCAUCCAGCAUUAUUCUUUAUAAAUGGUUCAUUAUUUGAACGUUCAGUAUAUGAUGCUAUUCGUUUUGAUUCAUGUCAACAUGAAUGGCGUCCACAAAAAGUUAUUGAUUAUCAAUUUCGUUCUCCAAUGAUUCCAUUUAAUAGUUUAUUACCACCACCACCACCCCCAAGUAUAAUCUAUCAAGCACCUAUUAAUAUUUAUCCACAAUAUCCUCCAUGGAUACCAGUUGCAUUAUUAUAUGCUAAUGAAACAGGUAAUACAAUAUUUAAUGUUAUAUGGAAUCGUUUUUUAAAUAAUAAACGUGUUGGUUUACGUUUAAAUCCUGUACAAAAUAUUCUUGGUGAUAUAACAAAUAAUUCAUUUAUUGGACAUAAUAAUGGUGCUUUAUUAAUUGUUGGUAAUAAAUCAAAUUGGAAUGAAGAUAUUUAUUUACGUAAUGUUACAUUAAGAAUAUUAUUUAAUAAUUUUACAAAUAAUAAUGGAAAAAAUUUUAUUGUUUCACUUGAUUUAAAUGAAUUAUCACCAUAUCAAACAAUAUUAUUUAUGUAUAAUCGUUUAAUUAAUAAUAAUAUAACAUCUAAAAUAAAUAAUGAUUUAAAUUCACGUUCACGUAUGCCUGGAAUAUUAACUAUUGGAUCAAGUCAUAUAAGAAUAACACGUAAUAUAUUUGGAAAUAAACAAAGUCAAUUUGAUAUUGUUAGUCAAUUAAUAAAUUCAAGUGCUGUUAUUAAAGCUGAUAUGAAUUUUUUUACAACAAUUUAUCCACCACCAAUUACAUUAACAAGAACACCACUUAGUCCAUAUGAAAGAAAUCAACAUUUACAGUCUGCUAUACAUAAUUAUCAAUUAUAUCAAAAUCAAGAAAUUCCACUUCGAUUAAAAUCUCCAUUACGUCGUGUAAUUAAUCGUACACGUCGUCAACAACAAAUACAAGUUCAACCUGUUUCUCAAAUAAGUUAUAGUUAUCUAUCUGAACCUUAUGAUGUUCGUACAGAUUUUUUUCCACCGGAUUCUGUUUUUCAACGUCCAUAUGGUCCAUCUCAAACAGUUGAAUAUUAUUUACCAGAUAAUCGAAAUGAAAUAUUAUCUGUACCAUCAAUAAAUAAAUCAAUACUUCUUUCAACAACAAAUAAUGAUUGGCCAUAUUAUGCAUCACCAGCAUCAUCAAUACCAUAUUAUUAUUCACUUUAUUAUGAUCGUCCAGAAUUAUGUUUUUCUCAAUGGCCAAAUAUUCGUGAAAGAAUAUUUGAUCAACAUAAUCGAUCAAAUUUAGCAUCAAUUAUUUGGUAUCCAUUUUUAUGUAGUGAUAGAAAUAUUACAACUGAAAUUUGGCAUUGUCAAUUACCAAAUUGUGGUUUUGAAACAACAAGUUUUCGUAUUGAUCCAUUAAUAUCAACAAUAGGUGGAAUUAUUGAUACAGAUUAUAAUUUAUCACCAGGUCGUUAUAUUGUUACAAAUGAUAUUUUAAUUAAACCAGAUAAACGUUUAACAAUUCAAAGUAGUCAAUUAGAAUUUUUAAAUGGUAUUGGAAUAUUUGUUCAUGGUGAAUUAAUUAUUCAAGGUGUUGAUGGUUCACCAACACGUUUAAAUUUAUUAAAUAAUAAAUCUUCAACAAGUAUUUUAGUUAAUCAACAAAAACAACAAGAAAAAAUUCAACAUGAAAUUAUGUUAGUUGAUGGACCAACAAUUUAUGAAGGUAGAUUAUUUGUUACAAGUCAAAAAGAUGGUUCUGGUACUGUAUGUAAUCAUGGUUGGACUAAAGAAAAUUCUAUACUUAUUUGUAUGUCAUUGGGUUUUAUACAUGAUCCAAAUGAUUAUUUAUAUCCCAUGAUGAAUACAAAUCAAACGAUAAUUAAUGAUCCUAUCAUAUGGAGUGAAGUUGAUUGUGAUUUAUAUCAAGAUCAAACUAUUGAACAAUGUAGAAAAGAAAUUGUACAUACAUGUGAUCAUACAGAUGAUGUUUGGAUUAAAUGUUUACCUACUUCAUGGGCUGGUAUUCAUAUUUUUCCAACAUAUAGUAAAAUUCAAUUAGAAUUUGUUCAUUUUGAUUCAGCUGGUCAAUAUGAUAUAGAUAAAGAUGAAAUUCAUGCAGCUUUACAUAUAGAUUUACUUUCACAUUCAUUAAAUACUUUAAAAAAUUUAACAUUUACAAAUAAUAUUAUAGGUUUACAAAUAAAUCAUAUACAUCCAAUUAAUUUUGAUUAUUCAAUAAUACAUCAUUCAUCAUUUCAUCAUAAUUAUUAUCUUGGCGUUUUACUUCGUUCAAGUUUUUUUAAUUUUUCUCAUUGUACAUUUACACAUAAUAAAUAUUCAGCUAUGAAAUUUGAUUCAUCAUUUUCAUAUAAUGAACUUGAACAAUUACGAAUAAAUAUUGGACGAAGUCAAACAACAAUUCAUACAAUUGAUUUAUUAUAUGAUCAAUUUUAUGAAGUUGAAAGAAAUAAAUUUGCUUUUAUAACAACAACAUUUGGUGGUUAUAAUUCAAAUGAUAAUAUAUUAUUUAAUACAUUAAAUAUUCGUACAGAUCCAUCAUUUAUAUUAAUUAUUGAUCUUAUUGAUUAUAAUCCAUUAUCAAAUAUAAAUGAACAAUUAAUUAUAUGUGAAGUUGAAUGUCAUCAACGUCUUGGUUUAACACAAAGUUUAUCAUAUAAAAAAUGGUCAUUAGCUAAUGAUAGAGAUUUAUUUCCAUUAAUAACAUCUUAUUCAAGUUUACAAUUUCAUUAUCGUCUUUAUCGUUAUCGUACAAGUCGUUUAACAUUUAUUAUAUAUAGUAUACCAGCACCAAUAUUUAGUCAAGGAAAAUUUUUAUCUGAUAUAUCAAUAAGAUUUCAUCGUUGUUUAUUUUCUUAUAAUCAACAUGAUAUUAUUUAUUAUUUAAAUGAUCGAGAAAAAACAAAUAAUCAAUAUGCAUUAACAAAUCAAUUAAAAACUGAUAUUGAACGUUUAAUUGAACAAUUAUUAAUGGGUAAAAAAAUAAAUAAUAAUGAUCCAUCAUUUGAUAUUAUUGAUGAAGAAAAUAGAAAAAUACGUGAAGAAUUUCAACAAGAAGAAUUUCAAGAUAAACAAUUAAAACGUCAAAUAACAAUAAUUAAUAUAAAAAAACGUUAUAAAAAUUCAACAAUACAAAUAAAUGAAUGUUUAUUUGAAUAUAAUCAAAAUCGAAGUAUAUUAAUUGAUCAUCAAUCAAAAAAAUUACAUUCAAAUCAAGUUGAAAAUAAUAUUAAAAUGUUAAUGAAUGAAACUAUACAAGAAAAUAAACAAUUUAUUCCAAUACAAUUUACAUUACUCAACCUUGAUGCUCAUCCAUUAAUAUUUUCCGAUCGUCUCAUUCGUUUUGAAAUUACUCAUACAAAUUUUACUCAUAAUCAUGAUCUUUUAUUAAAUUUAACAUUUCCUCGUUUAUAUCCAUUUAAUCGAACAAUUUUUGCUAGUCUAUCAAUAUGGCCAUAUGUUUCAACAAGAUCUCUUCAUACACCAACACCAUUAAUCUAUACAAUUCCAUCACAUGGUGUUCGUAUAUAUAAAAAUAUAUUUCUUUCAAAUGAAUAUACAUCAAUACGUUUAAUGGGUUUUCAUACAUCAUUUAAUUUAACACAUUCAUUAUUUGAAAAUAAUCUUAAUCAUCAAACAUCAUUAAUUGAUUUACGUCAUGUUGAAAAAGAUAUUCUUAUUAAUGAAAAUAUAUUUCAACGUAAUCAAGUACAUAAUUUAUUAUCAUUUGAUUCAAAUAGUCAUGCACCAUUUCAUAAUAAUUUACUUUAUCAAUCAUUAAUAUCAUUUAAUCAAUUUAUUGAUAAUAAACCAUCAUUAUUUACAAAAUAUCCAUAUUUACCAUCAUCAUGUAUACGUAUAAUUGGUUCACAUAAUAUAACAAUACAAAGAAAUUUAUUUGAAAAUAUUCAUUAUGAUUAUGAAUUAAUAAGUGCAUUAUUAACUGAUACAAUUAAUACAACAUUAGAUGCAACUAUUAAUUGGUGGGGUUCUGAUGUUGGACAAGCUAUACAAAAUCGUAUAUUAGAUUUUACAAAACGUUCUGAUCAUGCCUAUGUUAAAUGGAAUCCAUUUCUUGCUUGUAGAGAAUUAACAUGUGCACAAAUUCAAUUACCUAUACAAACAAUUCUACAAAUGAAUAGACCAUUAAGAGGUUUAAUAACAUCAAAUACAUUAAUACAUAAAAGACGUGAACCUUAUUUAAUAAAUGGAGAUUUAAUUGUUAUGCCAGGUGUUAAAUUAACUAUUGAACCUGGUGUUGAACUUCAUUUUGCACCUAAUACUGGUUUAUUAAUAUUAGGACAUUUAAAUGCUAGUGGAACACCAAAAGAUCCUAUUUUUAUGAGAUUAGCAAAUAAAAAAUUUGUUAUGGAACAAAUUGCAAAUGGACAUAAUUCAUUUCAAUAUCAUUUUACUGAUGAAGUACCAUUUUCAAAAUAUAAAAUUAGAUUUUUAAUUACAAGGAUGUGGAUCCGUAAUCAAGUAUAUAAUAAUACUGGUGUUGAUAUUGUAUCAAUGAUUGGUUUUGAAAAAAUAACUGCACCAUUUCCAGCUAUGGAAAUGAAUUCAUUUCGAAAUAAUCGAGCUAUUGGUCAACUUAAUCAACAAUUAUUUGAUCGAACGGGUGCUGUCAUUGAAAUUGGUAAUCCAAGACAAAUAUAUAUGUUUAAUACAUUUGAUAAUUGGGAAAGUCGAUAUGAAAUACGAACACGAUCACGUUAUUUUGAACCGAAUCGAAUGGAAUCUCGAUCAGUAAAUGCUUCAUUAAAUUUUUGGGGACGUAUAGGUGAUGUUGAUGAUAUUGGUGCAAGAAUUUAUGAUAAAUUUGAUAAUAAAACAUUAAUAGAAGUUAAUUAUUAUCCACCAUAUCUUGAUUCUACUCGUCUUCGACAAGGUAAAUGUGAUCCAGGUUGGACACUUGAUGAUACAUUAUGUUAUAUAUAUUUUGGUGCUAUAACAACAUAUCGUAUUGCACAAGAAAUGUGUUCAAGUAUUGAUGCUCGAAUAACACGACGUGAUACACCACUUAAUCGUCUUGUUAUUCUUCGUUCAUUAGUACGAACAUCACAAUAUCAAGGUAUUAAUAGUGAUGCUGUACCAUCAUCAGGUAUUUGGUUAAAAAAAGAUAAUAAUGAAUUUUGUCGAAUAUUUAAUGAUAUGGAAACAAUCGAUAUUAGUUGUAGUGCAACAGCUGCAUUCAUUUGUGAAAAAGAACAACAAUUUGAUGGUUUUAAAUUAAUUAUUCGUAAUGAUUUACUUCUUGCCAUAGCUGGUAUAAUCUUAAUGAUUAUAUUAAUAAUGUUAUUUCUUUGUUGUUGGUUAUGUAAAUCUCGUCAACGACGUAAAGAUAAUUUUCAUCGACAAAAUUCUCUUCGUCGUAGUGUUAAACAAGAAAUAAAUAAACAAUCAACAUUAUCAUUACAAAAAAGUAAUGAUAAUACACUUAUAAAAAGUUCAACAUUAUCAACAUUAACAAAUGGUACAACAAAUAAAUUACCAUUAUCAUCAUUAUCAUUAUCAAGUCGUCCAUUAAGUAGUGUAACAAUAAAUUCUGAUAAUGAUAUAUCAACAUCAUCACCAGUUCAUCAUGAUUUUUCAAUAUUAAAAUUAAAUCAUAAUAUACCAAAAGCAUCAACACCAGCAUUUAGUGAUGAUAAUGGUUCACAACGUGCACUUGUUCUUACAACACAUACAGAUCAAUCAAGUGUUUAUUCAACAGCUACAACAGAUUCAGCAACAUUAUAUCGAAGUCGUCGAAGAUUUGAACGUAUACAAACACCAACAAUGCCACCAUCAGCACCACCAGUUACACAUCGACGUUCAUUACGUAAUAUUAAUCAACAUAAUUUACAACAAGAUUCUACAACAAGUGUAUCAACAGGUUCAGUUUCUCCACCACCAGCAUAUGUAUCACCAGCACAUCAAUCACGUCGUUAUCGUUCUGAUCAAUUACAAUUACUUACACCAAAUAAUAAUAAAAAAACAUAUGCUAUUGGUAUACAAGCUGAUUCAUAUUCACAAGCAAGUAGUCGAAGUAGUACAAAAUAUGAACCACCACCACCACCACUUGAAACUGAUAUUUAA